AUGUCCUUCGCCCUGCUGCGCUCGGCGCCCAGCCGCUUCCUGUACCCGGAGAUCAGCAUGCUGUCGGAGGAGGACGAGGAGAACGGCAGCGGCGAGAGCUCGGGCUCGGACGAGAAGCCCUACGCGCUGGAGGCGGGCGCCUACGGGCUGCGGGGCGGCAAGCGCGGGCCGGGCAAGAAGGGCGGCCGCGGCGUCUCCCGCGAGCCCCGCCAGCGCCACACGGCCAACGCGCGCGAGAGGGACCGCACCAACAGCGUCAACACCGCCUUCAGCGCCCUCCGGACGCUCAUCCCCACCGAGCCGGCCGACCGCAAGCUCUCCAAGAUCGAGACGCUGCGCCUGGCCUCCAGCUACAUCGCGCACCUGGGCAACGUCCUCCUGGCCGGGGAGGCCUGCGGGGACGGGCAACCCUGCCACGCCGGUCCGGCCUUCUUCCACCCCGCCGGCGGAGGCGGCGGCAAAGGCGGCGGCAGCCCCGCCGCCCACGAGAGCGAAGGCUCCCAGCCCAAGCAGAUCUGCACUUUCUGCCUCAGCAACCAGAGGAAGCUGGGCAACCGAAACAUUUCCUCAAAUCAAUCUUAA